AUGAUCUGGAUGUUGCCUAUGAGAAGCUGAGUCAACUCAUUCGAGAAUACCUUGGCUUGACUGAAGAACCUGCCAAGAGUCUGGCUCCAACCGCAGAUGUGAAGACACCCCACCGGAUGUCUGAAGAGCCUCCUAGGAAGCUUACUACUUCGAAUAUUGGUGAUUCCCUGGUUUCUAUGGACAGAAACUACUUUGUUAAAUUGUGGGCCAAACUUUCAGCCAAAAAAACACCAGCGGAAAGAGAAUCUAUGCACAAACAGCAUGAGACAGCCCGGCAAGCCCUAAUGGGAAAGAUACCCCCUGAUCACACACUCCUAUUUCAAAGGGGUCCAGUACCAGCGCCCAUCAUCAAUGACUUAAACUAUUUUACAGCUUUCGAAGAACUACAGAAAAAUUUUGAGCUUUGUGAAGAUUAUUUUAAACCUCCCUUUGGACCAUAUCCUGAAAAGAGUGACAAGGAGUCCUAUAUUUCCAUGAAAUACUCUGCAUUCUUUCAGUCUUGUCCAUGGGCAAGAGAAUUGCCUUUUCAGCCUCCAGAGGGUAGCGUUUCUUCACGCCCAGGAUCCGGAGUAAGUGAUGGUGAGACGGAUCAGGCCCUAAAAGAACUACAUGUACAAUCAUUUUCACAUGAAAAAAGGCCACUCCAACAUGGAAGACACACCAUCUCAAUCAUCAGUCGCCCAGGUUCCAAUACUAAACCCACCCUCCCUCCAAUCCCUCAGGGCCGCAAGUAGACCAGUGCUUGACAUCUGAUUUUAACAUGGAAAACUCGCUCUGAUAAUGUCCAGUCCUUUGUCUUACCUGGCCAUGGAUCCCAGCUGUUUCUCACUCAGCCAACUACCUACAAAAGAAUGUUCCUCCUGCUUAAUUCUCUCAAUCAAUUUCUUUAGUGAUUUUCUGAAUAGUGUCCUUAUUUAAUUGUUUUUUUUAAGUGUGAGUUAUUCUUAGCUUUUACGAAUGUCAUUUCAAUUUUUCCCAUUGCUAUA